AUGACAUGUGAUGCAGAAAAUAAGUUGAAAAGAAAAUUUUGCGAAUAUCUUUUCUGCAACAAUAGCCAGAACCGAGUUUGUGGUAUAAAAGUACAAGGUAACGGUGUAAAAUUGAGAAUCUUUGAUAGCGAAUGUGAAUUAUUAAAAUAUGGUUGCGAUGCCGAAGAUGAAGAAGCUUACGGAAUAAUAAACUUGGAAUAUUGUGAACGAUCACACUUGCUCGACAACUUACCAAUUCCUAAAGAAGAAGCGUUGAAAGUCACCGAAUGCGUGGACUUCGAUUGUUCUUAUCCAAGCGAUGCGAAAAGAAUUUGUGCUAUGAGACAAGAAGGGGACGGAUUCAGAGUGCGUUUGUUCUCCAACAAAUGUCAUCUUAUCAAAUACAAUUGCGUCAACGCAUUAAAUUUCACACAGACCGAAUUUGUGUUAUGUGACGGUGUUAAUAUUACUGAGGCGCCAUAUUUGAAAACGACGGGGAGUCGUGAACGGAAGAUUCCUAACCUAUUCAUAGUUGACGCAAACAUGUACAAUUUCAACAAUAACGUAAAUGAUACGAUUGAUAAUUUUUUUGCGGCUACUCAUAUUUUUAAUUUGCCCGUUGAUGAACUGAACAAACACGUGAAUGAGACUGCUAGACGCAUGCUGCUAAAUGUGUUUGGGCCACAGGUGAUAUUCAAGCCUUGGACUAUUAUACCGAAGAAUAUUACAGAAGACCGUAUGCACGAACCAACUUUGGGGUCAUGCUUCCAUAGAUGUCCAAAGAAAUGUCCGAACACAUAUGCACCAGUGUGCGGGCAGCCGGGUGUGAUUGCUCUGGAGCCGUCCCUGAUGUUCAAGAACCAUUGUUUCAUGGACGCCGCACAAUGCAAGAUGCGUUGGGAAGACAAGAGUCCAACUGCAGAAAGCUCAUCAUACAUCGAAGCGAACUUCUUAUUCUGCCUUGGCGACACUAUGAACACGCUUUACCGCUUCCUGCCGUUGGUCCGCACUCUUCAGCACAUGGGCAGAUUGAAGAAACGUGGCCAUUUCAGAUACCACUUGAGAAACAUGAGGUUUCUCAACAACAUGCUGAUCAGGGAUAUGACGGUGCAAGGCAGAUGAUACCCGAAAUCGGCCAAUAAUCAGAUUAAUGGGCUUUUUCGUCCGUGCUACCUUUAAUUAAUAAACGAAUAAUUAUUUGGACUAUAGUUACGGAAUGUUUCAAAUUAAUGGUGUUUGUUAGGAGAUGAACAGAGAGAGACAAAAUAUAGCGGAACUCGUCGAAGUUUAUCCUUUAUCUUUUGUAUAUAUAAAAGGCAAACGCUACUGACUGAUGUUCCCAGACUUGGCCUGUCCGAAAGAAUAAACUUAAAAAAUAUUUGAGUACUAGCGGCCCGCCCUCGCUUCGCUUCGGUGUAGAGCUGAAGUGUAGACUACAGUUUUUGUUCUCAGGCUUGUAUUAUACACAGUGACAUUCAUCUAUGAUUGUUCUUAUUCCUGCAUGCAAAGUCUCAGCCCAAUCGGUUUAAAAUUGAUAAAGUUUCAUACAAACUUUCAUUCCCUAUUUUAUCCCCUUGAGGGUAGAAUUGAUCAAAAUCCUUUCUUAGCGGAUGCCUAUGUCAUAACAUAGAUACUAAUAAUUUAUUUGGCCGCUAAAUCACGGAAGAUAUGGAUUUUCAUACAACUUUUGCUGUUUGCUGCUCGCAUGCAAAUUGGCCAGUACAGCAAUUUCGAUUUAUGUCGGAGAAGGUUGUCAAAAUAAUGCUUACCGAGCACGUUUGAGAAAAAGUAUAUUACUGUAGCGACUAGCAAAAGAGGUAUGAUAUUUAGCUAGUCAGUACAGAUAUUUUAACUCGUAUAUGGUUGUCAAAAUAAUGCUCAAAUUUCCAAGCAUGUUUGAGAAAAAUGGUUUUUAUGCACUCACCGGAACCCGCAGGACGUAGCGUUUACGGCGUCGCUACGAACUUUGACAGCUCUUUAAUCGUAUCACAUCAUCAAAGUUUCUAUGAAUAUUAAGCAGCGCCACUACCGGACGUAAGAACAAACUGACUCCUUCGAUACAUAAUUUGACGAUGACGAUACGAAUACGGAGCUGUAAAAGUUCGUGCUUGACCCGCGCUCGAACGCGAUCCCUGAUGUUGAAGAGGUUUAGAACAAGCGCACAUUGAGCCACUAGUGGCAGCCACUAAACGCUACCACCUACCGCUGCCGCUAGUGGCUUAGUGACGGCCCGCUUAGGGUCGCCGCACACGGGCCACCGGCGACAACCAAAAAACGCCGCCACCGGCAUAUUUCCUGUAGUUUUCAUACAUUUUACAUGGACUCGCCGCACACGGUUAACGCCGGUGGCCGCCACACGCUAAAAAUCGUCGUUGCUAGCUUCUUGUGGCCCGCACCAGCCACUAAUGCGCCGAUACAAAAUGCCGCCACACACCACUCGCGCGAUUACCCACCUUCAAACCUUCUUUGUCAGAGUCCAUUAUGAUACUGCACGCAUGUGGUAAACAAAUUAGCAGCAACCGACGGCCAGUGUCGACCACCGGCUUCAAGUGGAUAUCGCGCGCUUCAGUUACUUUGGUAGCCACUUAUAGCUUCUCGUGGCGGCGUUUGUGGCUGUCGCGUGUGGCCCGUGUACAGCGACCCUUAGUUUGCGCCGCACCGGUACGAAACAAAAUGUAUAAAAAGGUCAACCGCAGCUUGUGUACGCGUUUAGUGGCCGUGACUAGUGGCUCAAUGUGCGCUUGCUCUUACAGGUGCCGUGAUCCCGAAGAAUCACGCACAGUUUAAUAUUGCGUUAAAAUUCUGUUAAUGUAGAUAGGCACAGUGAUUUUAACAUAACAUCAACACCAAUAUAAAUAAAAAAGUAUACUCCAUAUACUAGAGUAUAGACAAUAUUAUUUAAAUACAACAUUGUUUGUAUGUACCUAACUAGUUGUAAACUAAAUCCGUCAACUGCAGUGCUAAACUUUCAUAAUUAAAAUGUUGGAGUACCUUUUACCGUGCAUCAAUUUAACUUAUCAGAAUACACAGUUAAAAAAUAAAUAUUUAAAUAUUAUUUGCAGAGCUUUCCAUUUGCCACUAAAUAUUAUAGUUUCAUUACGAAAUAAACAG